UACUAAAUUUGGAUUUGUUGAUCAGUUUUGGAGAUGUUUAGGAGCAUCAUCACCGUUGCUCGACCUUUUUUGUUUAGCCGUGUGGUAGUUAUUUGAAGUUGUGUUUUGGAAUAGUGUUGGGUGUUUUGCGGUGAUUUCAGGCAACUGGUUUUGGAUUCUCUCUCCAGCAGUUUGAUAUUGGUUUAUGAGUGGGGAUUUGAGAUUUUGAACCCAACGACUGUGUGUUGGCUGGUUGAAAUCUCGGAUGGUGUUUGUGAGCUUUCUGGUCGUAAAAUCACCGUGGUUUUGUUGAUAAUAACAAUGUUGCGCUGUUUGAACUAAGUCUUUCUCACUCUCUCGGAUUGAAUAUUUUCAUUCCAAAUUGUAUAUAGGGUCCUCAGCGGCGAAUCGGUUUAGCUUGCUCUUAGUACUGUUUGAAAAUUCAGGUUUCUGGGAAAAAAAAAUGGCGACCAAUUUGAACUUCAGGAACUUCGGGACUGACCCACCAGGCGAGCCAAACGGAAACGGAAGGCCGCCGGAAAACUUUGCGUUAGCCCGGCAGCAGUCGAUCUACUCGUUGACCUUCGAUGAGUUGCAGAACACCAUGGGGGGCAGCAUAGGCAAGGACUUCGGAUCCAUGAACAUGGACGAGCUACUCAAGAACAUUUGGAGUGCCGAAGAGACCCAAACCAUGGCUAACUUCUCCACAAGUACCGCAACAGAAGGGGCCGGCGGCCCUCCUGCUGGCACUGGGUACUUACAGAGGCAGGGCUCGCUGACUCUACCCAGGACGCUGAGCCAGAAGACCGUGGAUGAGGUCUGGAGAGAUCUAUCCAAGGAUGAUGUGACUGGAAAUGGAAGCUCAAGCAUGCCGCAGAGGCAGCAGACUUUAGGGGAGAUGACUUUGGAGGAGUUCCUCGUAAGAGCUGGGGUAGUGAGAGAGGACACCCAACUGGAUGCCAAGCCUAGUACACCAGGAUUAUUUGGCAAUAGCGGUUUAGAAAUUGGGUUUCAGCAGACUGGUGUGGUUACGGGAUUGAUGGGGAAUAGGAUUCCACAGAGUAGUGACAAUCAAUUUUCUAUUCAAUCUUCGAAUUUGCCAUUGAAUGUGAAUGGUGUUAGACCGGAUCAGAUUCAAUUAUCGAGGCCUCAGCAGCAGCAGCAGCAACCUCAGAUUUUUCCUAAGCCGGCUACGGUGGCCUAUGCAACAAAUCAGAUGCCUCAGCUGGGCAGUCCAGGAAUGAGGGCAGGAAUUGUGGGGAUAAGCGAUCAAAGUUUGAGUAGUGGGUUGGUUCAGGUUCAGGGUGGAGGGAUGGGGACUGUUGGGUUAGGAACCGGAGCUCUUAGUGCUGCGACGAGGUCGCCCGCGAACCAGCUGUCGUCGGAUGGGAUUGGGAAGAGUAAUGGGGAUACAUCGUCAGUGUCGCCGGUUCCUUAUAUGUUUAAUGGUGGUUUAAGGGGGAGGAGGUCUAAUGGGGCUGUGGAGAAGGUGGUUGAAAGGAGGCAGAGGAGAAUGAUUAAGAAUAGGGAGUCAGCUGCGAGGUCUCGAGCUCGAAAGCAGGCUUAUACCUUGGAAUUGGAAGCUGAAAUUGCAAAGCUAAAGGAGGAGAACGAAGAAUUGCGGAAAAAACAGGAAGCAAUUACGGAAAUGCAAAAGAAUCAGGUUGUGGAGAUCAUGAAUCUACAACGAGGAGUUAAGAAACAAUGCCUGAGAAGAACACAAACUAGUCCUUGGUGAAGCAACCAAACGAGUCCGUGUUCCGUAAAUUGAGAAUAAGGGUUUUAGUGUGCUAGAUUAACCACUCCCAUUUCUUCAUCCUUUGCUUUUCUUCCAAACACAAUUAGGUAUGGGAAAGAAGCAACUUUUACAGAGUGAGUAAUGUUAAAUAUAGCCUGAGAGUGUACAAAUCUUGGAUAGUCACUUUGAAAAAAAGUUGGGUUAAUUUUGAAAUGUUUUUUCAUGAGUUUAAGAUGUGCCCCUCUUUUUUUUUUCAAAUGGGCUGUGCAAGACUUGCACACUCUAGAAUUAUAUUUAGUGUUACCUAUUCUCAGUUAUGUUAUAUACUACACUCAUAUCUCACUCCACUUCUAUUAUGUGUUGUGACAUUGCUCAUUAACCGGUUAAUCUUUUUAUUUUUAUUUUUUUAAGUUAUGGAUGGUAUCACAUCAAUGAGAUAGAAGUGAGAUUAGAGUGUAGCAUAUGAAAAGCAAUCAAAUUCAUAAAUCCAUUGUUACACAAAGUGCAAUAGAUUGGUCAAUGUCUGGACAUUGAUCUUUGUACUAUGUAGUCCAUAAGUUUAGUAGGGUUAAAAAUCAGACAUCGUUUUGCA